UUUAGUGACAGACGAGGCAAUAAAAGCUAAACCCCACAAAACAGUUUCAUCUCCUCUCUUCAAUGGCUUCCAUUCCUCAUUUCUAUUCUGAUUAUCAAUUUUCUCCAGAUAAGUUUUCAGAGAUUUCAUCUGUAAUGGCUCAAGAUCAUAGAUAUGCUAGAACUGGUUCAUUUUCUAGCACAAACAUGUCAAGUGGUGCAAUGUUCGGAGAUCACCAAGAUUAUAGCUUUCCAACAUUUUAUGAUCAUGAAAAUGGCUGUGCACUUGAUAUUUUCCAAGGGGAGUCUGAGAUCAUGUCGCCGAUUCCGGCUACGAAAUCAUUGCCUGAAAGAUUUGGGAUUUCGAAUAUGGUUGUGCCCACAUUGAUGGAUUAUAAAAUGGGGUCUAAUUGUGGCAUCGCCAAAAUUCAGAGUUUUGGCGGCGGAUUUCAGUUAUCGGAUGUGUGUGAAUAUGGGGAGGAUUGUUGUGGUAUUUUGCCAAAAUUUACGCCUGCGACGUGUCCUGCUGCUGAAGAAAAUUGGAGGCUUGAAUACAAUCGAAUAACAGCAAAAGAAAACACCAACAUGGUCAAGGUUGGUCGUUACACGGUAGAAGAGAGGAAAGAUAGAAUUCUAAGGUAUUUGAAGAAGAGAAACCAAAGGAACUUUAACAAGACCAUCAAGUAUGCUUGCCGAAAAACCCUAGCUGACCGGAGAGUUCGCGUUCGUGGGAGAUUUGCUAAGAACAAUGAAAUAUUUGAAGAGGAAACUGAGGUUAAGAAGAAUGAUGAUAAUAUUCCUCAUCACCAUCAUGAAAAAGAUACAUAUUGCACUAGUGAUGCAGUUCAGAUCAAGAAUGACGAUGAUGAUGAAGAACAAUGGCUGCAAGAGGCUUUGGCAAGUCUUAUGUUUGUACCGUAUAUUGCUGCUGGAUAAUUUGUGUCUAAUUGGACAAACUGAUGUAGGAAUGUUGGGAAAUAUAUGAGUAGCAUAUGUUUUUACUUGUAAAAGCACUUUCUAACCAAGCUAGUGUUGGAUUUGUUAUAACAUAACAUCGCUUUCAUGGUGGGUUCUUUUCGGCUGUGAAACUGUGGUAAUUAGUUGGAUUUGAAAAGGAAGUCCGUAGCACAGUAUAUUUACCUCUUAUAAAGAGAAGGCACAGUAUUAUGACCACGAUGGUCUCCCAUGAUAUUCCAUCAACAAGGACAUGAAAGCUAAGGGGGGUGAUGGGACACUCAUGUAAUUAAUGUAGUAAAUGAGGACAUCAAAGGUGUUUUGAUUAUCUUAGUUUGUAACUGAUCCAGUUCUAUAAUAUGAAUGGUUGUGUUAAA